AUGACACCACAACGGCGACUGUGUGGUCUCAGGCUGGGUUCCGUGGGUCUACUCACUGUGUUCUUCUAUCUAAUAGACCGAUCUAUAGCGGCUCUAGACGGCUACAUACCCGGAGAAGAUUACCCGGUCUACACAGAGGUCCCCAAGGGUUUAUCAUUCACAUGUGAUGACAAGAUACCAGGGUACUACGCAGACCCGGAGACUAUGUGUCAAGUAUGGCACUGGUGCGUCCCGAGUAUCGGCGGGAACCUAAUGUACUCCUUCGUCUGCGGAGCUGGCACAGUCUUCAAUCAGAAAACUAGAGUCUGCGACUGGUUUUUCAAGGUGGAUUGCCCUAACGCGCCAGCCUUCUACGGUAUCAACGAAGACCUGUAUAAGGACGAGGCUGGAAACUACAUCAAUGGCAAAAAGGGUAAUUCAUACGACAAUACAUACGACAGACGACGACUGACUGCGAGACGCAAACGACAGGAGUACGUGACGAGACGGACACGACAAUCUGACACUAAUGACAUACAAGUUAGAAAAGAUAGAAGUUUGAAAAAAUCUAGUUAA